ACAAGGAGUCAAAAGCUCACUGUACAGUAGUGAGAUCAUUUCUUCUUUUCGGAAGACAUUUAGCAAAAAGCCGCGUCCUCCUCUCCUUUUCAUGUAGGAUGCGGGUGCCCUUGGUUACCUAGUAACUCUCACAUCUAUUUGGCGUUCCCGAAUGUGGAGCUGGGACCGCGCAGCGCGCUCUGAUCGAGCUCGUGUGCGGUGGAAAGACCUCACGAAAAGGCAAGUAAAGAACGUCAAACGUGCAGCGCUGACCGAGAAGCCUAACGGAGGAGGAAACUGAAGAACAAAUAUGUGAACGGACUGAACAUGCUGAAGGAUCUUUAUGUUGGGAAAUGUAAUUCUGAAACCAAUCAAAGUAUUACACUAUAAGGAUAUCUGCAAGGACUAUUUACAACUGCAAGUAAAGUGCACAGAAAUAUUGUAUCCAGAUUUUUCCUAAAGAAAAUAUCGGGAUUGGUUGGGGGAAUUUGCAUCUCGCCAAGCCAGAUGAGGAUUGCCCCCCAUCCCCAGCACUGAACACACCCAGGUCCCACAACUGCACUGCUCCUCCAUUGUUGAGAGGGAUACAUUCACAGAGCUGGAGAGAGAGAUGGUGGAGCUCAGAGAGCUAGUCCACACAAUCCAGACAGAACAAACCCACAAAACAGACCAGAACAACAACACCCCCCAACAAGACCCGGAGGGCAGAAGGUGGAGAUGGACGGCUGUCUGAGAGAACUGGCUGCUCUACGGAGUGAGAUACAGCUGUUGAUGCUCGACUUUUAGUACAGUACAACAACGUCCUACGUACAUGUGGAUACGUUUGGUCACUCUAACUGCAGGCACGGGAUGGAAGAUCUGACGAGAGGAGGAGAGGACCGUGAAUGAAGACCGUCAAGACAAGAACUACCGACACUGUGUCAGUUUUAUCUGCUCUGCUCCAGACUGAUGAGUGGAUCUAAGGGUGCUGGACUGUUGGGCUGAUAGACGGGAAGACAGGGGAAGACAGGGGAAGACAGGGGAAGACAGGGGAAGGGAAGAGAAGAGGGAAGGCUUUGUGAGCUGAGGAGGAGACCCUACGUGUAUGUUGGUCACUUGCAGUUGUUGCUGAGACUCACUCAGACGGACCAUGUGGUUUUUGCCAAGGAGAAACUGUCUCCUCUCCUCUCAGCAGCAGGACCAUGGGGUCUGGCAUGGUGGCCACAUACCCAGCUCCAUCUCCAGCCUCAGCAUCACCACGUCUUUCUGGAUCGUAACUUUCUCCUGGUGCUUGGUGGCCGUCCAAAGCCAGGCCUACCACCCCACGGUGAACACGCAGUAUGGGAAACUCCGGGGGGUGAGAGUGCCCCUACCCAGUGAGAUACUGGGACCAGUGGACCAGUAUUUGGGGGUCCCGUAUGCAGCCUCUCCAGUGGGGGAGAAACGCUUCCUGCCCCCCGAGCCUCCCUCCUCCUGGUCGGGGAUAAAGAAUACCACCCACUUUGCCCCCGUUUGCCCCCAGAAUAUUCACAAUGCCGUGCCAGAAAUUAUGAUGCCAAUAUGGUUCUCCUUCAGCCUGGAUAUAGUGGCCUCUUACAUACAGGAUCAAAAUGAGGACUGUUUGUAUCUAAACAUCUACGUUCCAACGGAGGAUGUCAAAAGAAUAUCCAAGGAAUGUGCCAGGAAACCCAACAAGAAAAUGUGUAGAAAAGGAGGGGCACAAGGCAAAAAACAGGCCGAGGAUUUAUCGGAUAACGAUGGUGACGAAGACGAAGACAUACGAGACACCGGGGCCAAACCGGUGAUGGUGUACAUCCACGGGGGAUCCUACAUGGAGGGGACCGGGAAUAUGAUCGACGGGAGCGUCCUGGCCAGCUACGGGAACGUCAUCGUGAUCACCCUGAACUACCGCGUCGGAGUACUAGGGUUCCUGUCUACAGGGGACCAGGCAGCUAAGGGGAACUACGGCCUACUGGACCAGAUCCAGGCUCUGAGGUGGAUCAGUGAUAACAUUGGAUACUUCGGAGGAGACUCCAACCGUAUCACGGUGUUCGGAUCUGGGAUAGGAGCGUCCUGUGUGAGCCUGCUCACCCUCUCACACCACUCUGAAGGUCUGUUCCACCGUGCCAUCAUCCAGAGUGGCUCUGCCCUGUCCAGCUGGUCGGUCAACUACCAGCCUGUGAAGUACACCCGUCUGCUGUCUGAGAAGGUGGGCUGUAACGUUCUGGAUACCCUGGACAUGGUGGACUGUCUGAGGAAGAAGAGUGCCAGGGAGCUGGUUGAGCAGGACAUCCAGCCAGCACGGUACCAUGUAGCCUUCGGACCGGUUAUAGACGGAGACGUAAUACCUGACGAUCCAGAGAUCCUCAUGGAGCAGGGAGAGUUCCUGAAUUAUGACAUCAUGCUGGGAAUCAACCAGGGGGAGGGGCUUCGCUUCGUGGACAAUGUGGUCGACUCAGAGGACGGCAUCUCCGGAAACGACUUUGACUUCUCAGUGUCAGACUUCGUUGACAGCCUCUACGGUUACCCAGAAGGCAAAGACACUCUGAGAGAGACCAUCAAGUUCAUGUACACGGACUGGGCGGACCGCGAAAACCCAGAGACACGACGUAAGACGCUGGUCGCCUUGUUCACCGACCACCAGUGGGUGGAGCCGUCGGUGGUGACGGCGGACCUCCACGCCCGUUACGGCUCGCCAACGUACUUCUACGCCUUCUACCACCACUGCCAGAGUCUGAUGAAGCCGGCCUGGUCGGACGCAGCCCACGGGGACGAGGUACCGUAUGUGUUCGGGAUCCCCAUGAUCGGACCCACAGACCUGUUCCCCUGUAACUUCUCCAAGAACGACAUCAUGCUCAGUGCUGUGGUGAUGACCUACUGGACUAACUUCGCCAAGACCGGGGACCCCAACAAGCCUGUUCCUCAGGACACUAAGUUCAUCCACACUAAGGCUAACCGCUUUGAGGAGGUAGCCUGGUCUAAGUACAACCCCCAGGAUCAGCUGUAUCUCCAUAUCGGCCUGAAGCCCCGCGUCAGGGAUCACUACCGAGCCACCAAGGUGGCCUUCUGGAAACACCUGGUGCCCCACCUGUAUAACCUCCACGACAUGUUCCACUACACCUCUACCACCACCAAGGUCCCCCCGUCCGAGACGACCCAGAACUCCCUGUCCACUAAGAAGACGUGGCCCUUCAACACCAAGCGGCCCCCCAUGUCCCCGGCCUACAACAACGAGGAUAAUGAGGCGUGGAACGGAGACGAGGAGACCGGCCCGUUGGUCAUAGAGAAUCCCAGGGACUACUCUACGGAGCUCAGCGUCACCAUCGCCGUGGGAGCCUCGCUGCUCUUCCUCAACGUUCUAGCCUUCGCAGCGCUUUACUACCGGAAGGAUAAACGGAGGGAGGCUUCGGCAGGUCACCGCGGCCAACCCAGCCCACAGACCCGCCACGGCCAGGCUACAUCCAACGACAUCAGCCACCACCAGCGUCCCAACGAGGAGGAGAUCAUGUCCCUGCAGAUCAACCAGACGCACCACGAGUGUGAAGCGAUGGGGGUGGGGAACCCGGGGAAUGACGGGGGGCUGCGUCUGGCCUCGCUUCCCGACUACACUCUGACCUUGCGGAGGUCACCAGACGACAUCCCUCUGAUGACCCCCAAUACCAUCACCAUGAUCCCAAACUCUCUGGUGGGGAUGCCCAACCUGCACCCUUACAACACUUUCACAGCCGGGUUCAACUCCACCGGCCUGCCCCACUCCCACUCCACCACCCGGGUAUAGCUUUACGGAGGAGAGGGAUGGUGGAGGAGAGGAGAGGGUGAUGGAGGAGGAGAAGAGGAUUCUGUUUUUAUAAAUAUCACAGGGAAAGGGUUUGGGGGAGGGGGGAAAAGAAGGUAGGAAUAAGUGUGGGAUUAAAAGUAAAGAGAUUUAACGAGACUUUUACUACCAAGAAGAGGAUGGAGAGUGUCUGAGAGGAGAGGAGAGGAGAGGAGAGGAGAG